AUGUAUGGUCUACGACAUCUAUGGCUUAACUUGGAAAUACCUCCAAAAACGUUAUGGUGCAACAUGGGUUAUUGGUCUGAACAUGUCAAUCAUUAUUCUGAAGCUUGUGAACGUUUAGUUUUGAUGGUAGUUGAUAAACUCAAUAUCAAGCCAAAGGAUUCAAUUCUAGAUGUUGGCUAUGGUUGUGGGGAUUCUUGUUUAUUUCUCGCAGAUCGAUUUGAUUGUCAAGUGACUGGGAUUACGAAUGAAUAUGCUCAAUGGAAGUUGUCAAAAGAUCGAACUGAACAACUAUCAAGAAAACAACAAGAGAGGAUCAAGCUUUUUGAAGGAUCAGCGACAGAAUUGGACAAAGUACUUGGAAAGGAUGGGAAAACUGAUUUAGAGUUUGAUCAUAUUGUUUCGAUUGACUCGGCAUAUCAUUUCAAUACUAGAUGGGACUUUUUGCGUCAAGCUUUCCAACAUUUGAAACCAGGUGGUACUUUAGGGCUCUAUGAUAUAGUAUUACAUGAAAAGGCAACUCUACCCAGUGGCUGGAAAAGAGAUGUAUGGAAUUAUAUUUCCACUGUUCUUCAUCUACCUUUGGCAAAUAUGGAAACACAAGAAAACUAUGGUGCCUAUCUGAAACAAUACGGUUAUGUGGAUAUCGAAUUUGAACCUUUACUUGCACAAGAUGUCUUUGGUGGCUUGUCAUUUUAUUGUCUGGAGCAAAAGAACAAGAUGAACUAUUGGCAAAUAGGGAACUGGCAAGAUAUGAUGUAUCUUUCUAUAUCUGCUUUCCUCUUUGAUACUCUAGCAAAGAAACAAUGGCUUCAACCUAUGAUCAUCAAGGCAUCCUCCUCAAAAUGUGUGGGCUACUCGUGA